ACUGCACCUCACUUCUACUCUGUUUAUCCACUCUGGAAAAAAGAGGGGGAGGAAUGAACGAAGGAUGAAUGAAUGUUCUUUAUUCUUGUCUUCACCCCUCCCCUUUCCUUUGGUUAAAUUGCUUCCUUGCCUUCCAUACCUUUCUCUGCCCUUUUUCUCUCUCUUGCUCUCUCCUACUCUCUCGUCUUCUUGUUCAUUUGUCCUUGUGCUUUCUCUGAGUUCUUAGUGAGAAUUCCUCUGUCCGCCUGUCUGAACAAGCAAAAGGUGCUGCAGGCCAGAGGCCACACACAGAUACAGGGAGAAAGAGGAAAGGACGAACGAGAGGAGUUAAAGAGACCAAGUGAUAUAGAGGUGUUGCAGGUUUGAGAAACAGUUCUGGAGACAUUCUGUCUCUGUUUGUUUGGUGCGUGGGUUGAGGGUGUCGGACUGGGAUGGAUGCCAUUAUGCUACAGGAGAAGCUGGUGGAAAAACUGCUGUGUGCCCGAAGCAGGACUACUCGCCAAAAGGAUAAGCAGUAUGUCGGUUUUGCGACACUCCCUAACCAGGUCCACAGGAAGUCUGUGAAGAAAGGCUUUGAUUUUACACUCAUGGUAGCAGGUGAAUCUGGUUUAGGCAAGUCUACUCUAGUAAACAGCCUUUUCCUCACAGACCUCUACAAGGACAGAAAACUUCUAAAUGCUGAAGAGCGUAUUAAUCAGACAGUGGAGAUCACUAAACACACCGUGGAUAUCGAGGAGAAGGGCGUCAAGCUCAAACUCACCAUUGUAGACACACCAGGAUUUGGAGAUGCAGUAAACAAUAAUGAGUGUUGGAAGCCCAUCACCGACUACAUUGAUCAGCAAUUUGAGCAAUAUUUCAGGGAUGAAAGUGGACUCAACAGGAAGAACAUAUUGGAUAACCGAGUGCACUGCUGUCUUUAUUUCAUACCACCAUUUGGACAUGGUUUGAGGCCAGUGGAUGUGGAAUUCAUGAAAGCUCUGCAUGAGAAAGUGAACAUUAUUCCUCUAAUAGCCAAAGCGGACUGUCUUACUCCAAGUGAGAUAAAGAAGCUAAAGGACAGGGUACGAGAUGAGAUUGAGCGCUUUGGAAUUAAAGUAUACCAAUUUCCAGAAUGUGACUCUGAUGAGGAUGAGGAGUUUAAACAGAUGGACAAAGAGCUGAAGGAGUGUACACCCUUCGCUGUGAUUGGCAGUAAUACAGUGGUGGAAGCAAGAGGUCAAAGAGUGCGAGGCCGUCUCUACCCCUGGGGCAUUGUCGAAGUGGAGAACCAGUCCCACUGUGACUUUGUGAAGUUGAGAAACAUGCUGAUUCGCUCUCACAUGCACGACCUGAAGGAUGUGACUUGUGAUGUACACUAUGAGAACUACAGAGCCCAGUGCAUUCAGGAGAUGACCAGUAAACUUACACAGGACAACCGUAUGGACAGUCCUAUUCCCAUUCUGCCGCUGCCGACCCCAGACGCAGAAACAGAACGACUCAUCAAGAUGAAGGACGAGGAGCUGAAAAGAAUGCAGGAGAUGCUACAGAAGAUGCAGCAGCAGAUGCAUGAGAAAGACCAGUGAAGAUCACACAGAGACACACAAAUGCAAACAUAGAAAAAUUACACAAGUCUCUUCACAUCUUAUAUUAUAUUCUGUCACUUUGGUGAUAAUGAAAGUGAUCAUGUAAACAUGCGAAUUACAGCGUGACACACUCAAUGAUAAACUAUACUGUAUAUUUGCAAAACACUUUGCUUGGUGCUUUGGAGCUCUUGCCUACCAAGUACAAAUGUGAAGCAUCUAUUUAAUAUUUCUUGUGUUUAUGAAUGUGUGGGUGAAGCUAACAUUGGUAAUAUUGUGUAUAAUUAAUUUAAAUGAAACCUACUUUUAAAUGUAUCUAAUUUAUAUGUACUUGGUUUAAAUCUUAGCUAGAAUGCGCAAAAAUUGUUUUGUAAUGGCAUUUUAGCCAAAGUGUUGUUUGAAUCUGGGCUCUGACUGUGUGUGUGUGUGUGUGUGCAUGCAUGUGUAAGUGAGAGAGUGUGUGUGUACGUGUGUACGUGUGUGUGUGUGUGUGUGUGUGUGUGUGUGUGUGUGUGUGUGUGUGUGUGUGCACACAUGC